AUGUAUACGCAUAUGAACCAAAUCAAAGAGGAAGUUUACGGCACAUUAUUAACAGAGAACACACUUGGAACCCAUCAUGAUCAUUUCCUGAAUUUUCAUUUUGAUUUUGAUGUAGAUGGUCAUGAUAAUUCCUUUGUUGAGUCAAAAUUGCUAGCAAAAUCCGCGUCAGAUAAGCGAUCGCCUAGAAAGAAUUACUGGACUGUGGUACCUAAAACAGCUAAAACUGAGUCUGAUGCAAGGAUCCAUCUUGGAUCAGGUGCAGCUGAACUCUCAGUUGUGAAUCCUAAUAAGAAAACCAAGAUAGGAAAUCAGGUGGGAUACCGGUUGCUACCCGGAACAGUGGCUAAUAACAUCAUACCUGAUGGUGAUUACCCGGAAUUUCGCUGUGGUUUCAAUAAGUACAAUGUGUGGGUUACAAGAUAUAAUAAAUCUGAGAAAUGGGCUGGAGGAGUGUACACAGAUCAGAGCCGAGGCGUCGACAACUUAGCUACAUGGAGCCUCAGGAAUAGGGAGAUUGAAAACAAAGACAUUGUGGUGUGGUACACAUUAGGCUUUCAUCAUGUACCAUCUCAGGAAGAUUUCCCAAUCAUGCCUACUGUAAUCAGUGGAUUUGAGAUCAAGCCAACCAAUUUCUUUGAGCACAAUCCUACACUUGGACUAAAAAUUCAUGGAUAA